ACCCGUAAAAAUUAUUUUUGAGAAUAUUUUUCAAAAGGAAGUUGGUGUUAUUUCCAAACCAUUCGCCCUGCCGUAAGCAACUUUCCUGAUUUUACUUGAUGCAGCCGCAAUCACGUAUCAGUAUCUUGAAUUCUGAUUGGUUGGUAGUAGUGGCUUUUGGCCAAUCACUGAGCGUUUCAUGACACGGUGAGAAAUUCCACUUGGGCUGUUGGACGACUGGUGUGCUCAAGCGCCAUAGCAGCAUGGGGGUACUGUCCACACUUACGAGGGGUCUCAUCAGAGGCGCAGACAGGAUGUCAGAAUUCACCAGCAAGCGUGGUUCCAGGACUCACAACAAAGGCAGAGGAGCCAGGCCUGCAGGACUGAGGCUGUCCAGCGGGAAGUUUCUGUCAGUAGGAGCCAUGAUUCCCGAGUUUGUGGUGCCCCAUUUGGAGGGAUUCAAACUCAGGCCCUAUGUGUCAUACCGCUCACCCAGAGGAACAGAGCCCCCGGUUACAGCGCAGAGUUUAUUUGAUGAAGUGGUUGCCCCACAGAUCCAGAGGGACUUUGAGGAGGGCACCUUCAGCAAAGAGCAGCUGGAAAAGUACGGAUUUGAGGCCACACAGGAAGGAAAGCUCUUCAAGUUGUACCCUAAGAACUUUGUCCGUUAGUGGAU